AUGACGCAGCACUCUCACGCCAACAAGCAGAUGGCGUUUCGCGUCGAGGCGCCCGUUGACGCGGAGGAGGAGCUGUUCAAGGGUUGCGAGCUGGUCGAGGACCACUAUGAACGCAUGGACCAGAUCGGACAGGGAACUUUCGGGCAGGUCUACUUGGGCCGUAGUCGCAAGGACGGCAAGCAGCUGGUGGCCCUGAAGAAGGUCAAGAUGGACAACGAGAAGGAGGGCUUCCCCAUCACGGCGAUCCGCGAGAUCCGCAUCCUGCAGAAGCUCCGCCACGACAACGUCAUCAGCCUCAAGGCCAUCAUGCGGUCCAAGCUGCACGUCACCAACGGACACCGGGGCUCCAUCUACAUGGUCUUCGAGUACAUGGACGCCGACCUCGCCGCCCUCAUCCAGCGCCGGCGAACCGACCCUCUGCCCCCGAGCCAUCUGAAGAACCUCAUGCGGCAGCUGCUGCGCGCGCUCAAGUACUGCCACGGCCAGAACGUCCUCCACCGCGACCUCAAGGCCUCGAACAUCCUCCUGUCCUCGUCCGGCAUCCUCAAGCUCGCCGACUUCGGCCUGGCGCGCGCCCGCGAGCGCGGCAAGCAGACCAACCGCGUGAUCACGCUCUGGUACCGCCCGCCCGAGCUGCUCCUGGGCGCGGAGAACUACGGCUUCGAGAUCGACACGUGGUCCGCGGGGUGCAUCUUUGCGGAGAUGCUCACCGGACGCCCGCUCUUCCCCGGCCAGGAAGAAACGCACCAGCUCCGGCUGAUCGUCGAGCUGCUCGGCGCGCCGACGGAGGCCUCGUGGCCGGGCGUCGAGCGGCUCCCGCACUACCACUUCGUGCCGCAGACCGGCGCCAAGAGCUCCCUGCGGGCCAGGCUGGCCAACCGCGGCGUCACCGACGCAGCCUUCGAUCUCCUCGAGGGUCUGCUGCAGCUCAACCCGCGGCGGCGCCUGACGGCGGCGCAGGCGCUGGACAUGCCGUAUUUCAAGGAGCACCCCACGGCAUGCAGAGAUGACGAGCUGGACAUCGCCUCCGGGUGCCACGAGUUCCGGUCUCGGAAGCAGCACAAGGAGAAGAAGAGGCAGCCCGAGGAGCUGCACAGGGGGCCGAGCAAGCGGUGA